AUGCGUGUAGCGGAUGACCUACACGCACUACGGCGAAUUAUGCCGUUAGCAGCGAGAGAAGUGAGGUUCAGUCGGGUCAGCGACUGGACCAUAAUGAAGGAGGAGACCGUUCUCUCGUAUUUGGUAAGAGAGGAGGUGGAAAGAACGAUGAUAGAAAUUCAGAGGGAUCGCACUGUUAAAGUAACAGUGAUAAUAAAGGAGAUUAUGAAAAGUUGUGUGCUAGUUAACACAAGGUUGGGGGAUUAUAAGUGUUGGCCAAAGGGAAAAGAAGACAAAUCGCCAUGGAGGGGGGACAAACCUGAAGUGUCCCUCUCAUUUGGUGAACUAUGGCUAACUAACCAUAGUGAAACGGCGGACGUGCCCAGUGAUCUGAGGAAGAUGUUCCUCAGAACAGACGUUGGAACUCGAGGCACAACGGCAAGCCUUAUUAGUGAGCAUGAUUGGGUGAGAGGACCCAGAUGGCUAGAGUGCGACCAGCAAACUUGGCUUAUUCGAUCCAUAGAUAACCUCAGCUCUGAUCAGUCUUACGAAGAAAUAGAAGACAAUCAACAUGUGAAUGUUGAAGCCACAAACGAGUCAGCGGAAUCAUUCCUUUUAAUAAUAGAUCUAGCUCGUUUCUCCCGCUACAAAACAGCUCUUCGAACAUUCUCAGUUGUUGGAAAAUUGCUGAGUAAAUGUGUGAAACGGUGUAACUACACCAGAUCAACAUCGACUACGCUAAACGUACUCUCUCUAUAUACAACUGCAGAGGCGAUUGCUGCGGAGGAUAUGGAGAUCUCUGAGAAACUCAUCUUAGCAGCUAUUCACGAAAACAUCAACGUGCAAAAAUUGCAAAAGCGAUUCCCAAAUCAGAAGAUUAUCAGAGACGAGAAAGAAGUGCCAAUUUUCAUUCCGAAUUACUCGGAACUAGCCAGGCUAAUCAUUCAUGACCUACAUUAUGAAAACGCACACUGCGGCAAAGAACAGACAUUAGCGCUGGCAAGACAACGAUUUUGGAUUCCCCAGCCAUCCAGAGUAAUCAAGAAAUAUCUGCGUACAUGCAUUACGUGUAAGAAAUGCCACGGACUGCCAUAUGGAGCACCAAAGAUGCCACCAUUACCAACAGAUCGGGUAAUAAUAACCAAACCCUUUGCAAAUGUUGGAUGCGACUACAUCGGACCAUUUGAGUCAAACAUCAGACAGAAAAUGUACGUCUGUUUGUUCAGAUGCCUCACUACCAGGGCUGUGCAUCUUGAAGUGGUCGAAAAUUUGUCAGCUGGUGCACUUUUAAGCAGCUUCGUCCGUUUUAUAUCUCGAAGAGGUGUUCCAAAACUCAUCCGAACUGAUUGCGGAACGAAUUUUAAACUGGGAUCGAAAGUGAUUGAAAAUUUGUUCCUGGAAAAUGAUGAAAAUGGUAGUUCCGUGAUGAGCUACAGUGCCUCAGAAGGCAUAAAGUGGAUUUUCAAUCCACUUGCUUCACCAUGGAUGGGAGGCACAUGGGAAAGAAUGGUUGGCUCCGUGAAGAGAUGCUUUCAAAAAAGUAUUGGACGCAAAAAAUUGUCAUUUGAACAAAUGACUAUAGUAAUUUCAAGAAUUGAAGCGAUAAUUAAUACUCGCCCGUUGACAAAAGUAAGUGCAACAGAUCUUGAUGAAAUACCGAUAAGACCUAUCGAUUUCCUACAAGAAAAUCUAAAGUACUCUAUUCCAAGCACGCAGUUACAGUGCGGUAAUGGUGAUACGUUAUAUGAUUCCGAGUUGCUUCAGACAGUUGCGCAAGCACAAGAAGCAUUAAUGUUUUCGGAAACGAUCGCUACAGUAUUUUGGGAGCGAUAG